AUGUGCUUACUCGACCCCCGCCCAUGGAAACUCCCCGUGCCUUUUGUGGGCAUGAUUACCAGAUCGUUCAUAGGUCUGAUCAUGCUGGCCAAUGUGAAUACCAUCUAUGAACGGUUGGAAAUCUUGGGCCUGUCAUCUGUCUAUAUUUUCAUGUUCAACAUUUGCGUGCUCGCAACAAUACUCCUAUUAAUCAGCAUGUUUUGCGCCCAGCGUUUGCGCAACUAUUUCUUCAAUCCCGACGUUAAGAUUAUGUGUUUCAGUUUCGCUACUCUUUGGUCCGUCGUCUUUAUUUUCAAUACCGGCAUCAUUAUGAGCGGCUUUGUAUAUUGCCUUGCGCCUGACUUUCAACGGGAGGGCGAGAUGAAAUAUUGCCACUUCUUUGGCAAUCGUGCAAUGGCUCAGAUUCCCGAUUGGAAGGGAGCGGCUUGGCCUGUGUAUUAUUGGACCAGCGUCGCCCUCACUUUGAUCAUGGCUUGCUGGCAGAUGAUAAGCUGGUUCUCUUGGUACUUGACGAUCAGGAAAAUGCUCCAAAGAAGAGUGGAUUCAACCGCGAAUGGAGCGUAA